AUGUACACGGCCCUGCAGAGCUUCGGGCCCGUCUUCAAGGCCAACCCUGACAUGAAGUUGAUCCUGCUACCGGAUAUCCAGGAGACAAGUGACGUUGCUUGCGAUACGGGGUCUGACCCCAGUGCACUCCGGAAGGAGAUUGAGGAGAAGGGAUUACCUGUUGAUGCAAGUCUGGUGCAUGAGGGGUGGAAUGUCAAGACUGGUCGCUACGCACCCACCAACGCUGCGGUCGGGGCGCGUGCGCGCGACGCGCGACGCUGGCUGAAGGCCCGGCCGGAGAAGGAAAUCGUGAUGGUCUCGCACGGCGGUGUGCUGCAUUACUUCACUGAGGAUUGGGAGAACAGCAGCCAGUUUCAGGGAACCGGCUGGACCAACACGGAAUACCGCACAUAUACUUUCUCGGACAAAGUCGAUCUCGACGACCUGGAAGGCCACAAGCUGGACACGGAUAACGCGAGCCUAGUUGAGACUGUCGAGUCUCGCGAGCGCCGCGGAAAGAAGGGUCCCAUGGCGGACCGUGAGAAGCAAAAGGAGUUGUACAAGCAGGGUGUACAGGGCUGGGAUGAUCAGGGCUUGCAGCUUAGCACGGCUGAGCGGGAGGCGGCGAAGGUUCCGGCUGGAAAGGAAGUUAAUGGAGUCCGUGUAUAG